AUGGCCCCACGUUCAUACUCCAAGACCUACAAGGUCCCACGUCGUCCCUUCGAGAGUGCUCGUUUGGACUCCGAAUUGAAGAUUGUCGGAGAGUAUGGUCUCCGCAACAAGCGUGAGGUCUGGCGUGUCCAGUUGACUCUCUCCAAGAUUCGUCGUGCUGCCCGUCAAUUGCUCACCCUUGACGAGAAGGACCCAAAGAGACUUUUCGAAGGUAACGCCCUCAUUCGUCGUCUUGUCCGUGUCGGCGUCCUCGACGAGUCCCGCAUGAAGCUCGAUUACGUUUUGGCCUUGAAGAUCGAGGAUUUCAUGGAGCGUCGUCUUCAAACCUGUGUCUACAAGCUCGGUCUUGCCAAGUCCAUCCAUCACGCUCGUGUCCUCAUCCGCCAAAGACACAUCCGUGUUGGUAAGCAAAUUGUCAACGUUCCAUCCUUCGUUGUCCGUCUCGACUCCCAAAAGCACAUCGACUUCGCAUUGAGCUCGCCAUUCGGAGGUGGACGCCCAGGUCGUGUCCGCAGAAAGAAGGCCAAGGCUUCCGAGAAGAAGGAUGAUGAUGCCGAGGAAGAGGAUGAGGAAUAG